AGAACCACCAAAAACUGAAAAUGGCUUUAUUUACUUACCUCUCAGAGUAUGUUCAUCAUAUUUUGGUAGAACACAGUAAAACAAAUAAAAGCACAAAAAGAUUUCUAUUAAAGGAGCUUGUAUAUGACUGGAAGGAAAUCAGUAAUGCUUUGGGAUUAACAACCGAUGAUUUUAAUAUUCUGGAACAGUCAGCUGAGUGGUACAGGGAGAAAGUGCAGCUUGUGUGGGAGGUUGUACAUGAGGCGGGUCUAGCUAUGUUUGACAUGGACGAGAGUGUAUCUGUAGCACUAGACCAGCUAUGUCACUGGGUAGACUGUCAAACAAAUGUCUUGUGCAAUUCGCAUAAAGAUGCUGAAGAACCACUGCUAGCCGUGCUGGUCCUGACUGCUGCUCUUGAGAGAGCACUAGGCAAUGUUUAUUUGUCAAAAAGUAGUCCAGUUCCAUUUUUACUUCGAGAUCUUCUCAAAACUCCAGAACUUACUGGGGUAUUUGGUAAAGUGCCUAUAGUAUUCACACAACUAUUGUUGGGAUGUCCAAGAGGUCUUAACCUACGCAACGUUGCUUGGCACGGGUUUGUCUCUGAAGGAGAACUUCAUCCCCACCUUGUAUCUGGACUGGUCAUUCUCAUUGCCUCCCUUGGGAAAAUAUUGCUAGAUUAUGAGAUUGUACCAAAACGUCCCUUUGUUUCAACUUUUCAAACAGAACUUGUAAAUGUAUUUCCUGAUAUCUCAAGUAGGUUAGAAGAAAUUGAAGGUAUGUUGAAAAUGUCCCGCUUCAUACCAGACAGGGGUAAAACAUUUUGGAGAAAAACGUUAAGCUUGCUUCAAUCGGAAAGAUAUGGGUACAGUCUGGUACUAUUGAUGCCACAGUUAGAGCACUGCCUUAGAGUGCUCUAUUGCAGAGUCAAUGACUGUCCUGCAAGACUACUCACUGCUGAAUCUACAACUUUAUACACAACUCUGGAUGAAAUCUUGGCUCCAGCUCAAAAGCCAGUAGUGAACAGUGGACUGUUGAUGCUGCUUCUAGAUGUUACAUCUAGUCUCUCAGGUCCCAGACUGAGGGAUCGUCUCAGUCACGGAGAGAUCAACCUGGAGUCUGUACCUAAGUGGCUAGUCAAUCUCUUGUUUUGUGUGGCAUUGGCCACUUCUCAUAGCAACUGUGGGGAUGCAUUUGCAGACCAAAGUGACAUCUACCAAGGGUGCAAUAUUCCUCUCUGCUCUCAACUACAACAAAUCACAUCGAACUAUCACAGUCGGUUUCACAUUAUGGCCAGCCUGUGUAGACAGUUGACAUGUCUUCUGGAUCAUUGGCAAGGUUGGCAGAACUGGUCUCUACCAGCUGAUGUUGUUGUGCAGCCCGUUCCCUGCCAGUCAAUACUUGCUCUAGAUCAGCUUGUGUUUUCUCAUUCUGAAGACAUCCAUAAGAAACUUCAAAACCUGCGGGAUUGUUUAAAGGACAGUCAUCUGCCUACAUUGUACAGGCCUAAACCAGAGCUGGGGCUAGCGAUGACCCUUAGUGACAUCGUCAGUUGUGUAAGGCAGACGGCACAGCAGGUGUGUCAUGCAGCUGAGUUGUACCACCAGAUGUGGAGUGACAGACUACUGAGGUCUCGUAGUCGAGCUACAGCCUUGCGUAUGUGGACCGUGCUGCCUGACAUAUGGACUGCUCUGCUAUGUAUAGUCAAGGUUGUCACGUUGUGUUACUUACAGUUACCCCACCUUGCUACCCUGGGGAACACUGUUUUUAGAUUUUUCAAGGUGAUGAGGAAAGCAGUGGAAAACACUGUAACAUACUGCAAUUCUGACAAGAACCGGUGGAUGGAAGCUCAUAAAAUUCUAUCAGAUCUGUCUUCUAAGUGUCUUGAAUUUUUAACUAUGAAUUCAGAUUUUGUGAAUAAAGAUUGA